AUGAGACGUUCAGAAGAAGAAAGAAUAGAAUCAAAUUCAACUUUAUCAGAUACAAAAUCUGAUAAACAAAGUGUUGUUCCAAAAGAUAAAUUAGAUCCAUCAACUCAAGUUUUCGAUAAAAAAUAUGGUGAUCAAGAUGUUCAUUAUGUUGAUCCACCAGUUAAAACAUCAGCAUGGUUCACUAAACCAUAUGCAUUGAAUUAUAAGAUUAAUGGUGAAAUUUAUCGUACAAAAGGUCCUCAAAGAAGUGCCGGGAAAUUAGAAUUAUUCUUGGAUUUAGUUUAUGUUGGUAUUGGUUCAACAUUAGCUCAAAGUGCUUUAAAAGAACCAAAUGGAUUCUCAUUUAUGAAGUAUGUUAUAUUAUUCAUCCCUGCUAUCACUGUCUGGUCAGAUUUAAAAGAUUUUAUGAAUUAUUAUUAUAAUGAUGAUUUAGUUCAAAAAAUUUAUGUUUGUUGGAUUGAAUUAUUAUUAAUUGUUUAUGAUAAUAACUGUGAAAAAGUUGAAUUGAAUAGAACUGCUUUAAUAACGACGGUGAUUUCCUAUUUUUUAGCAAGAAUUACAUUAGCUUUAAUGUUAUGGUUUUAUUCUAUAUGGGUUAAACAACAUAGAGUUCAAAUGAGAAUUUAUGCAACAGGAUUAAUCAUAACAAGUUCAUGUUGGUUUUUCAUAUUAUUAAUUAAAUCCAUUAAAGGUCAAUGUAUCUUUUGCUUAUUCAUGUUUUUAAUUGAACAUACAACUUUUUUGAUAAAUAUAAAUCCAUGGAUAAAUGCUCAAUUAGGUUUAAAAUAUACUUCAGCAUUAAAUAUUGAACAUGAAGAUGCAAGAUUUCAAGCAUUUUAUUCUAUAUGUAUUGGACAAUUUGUUACAACAACAGUUAUGCAAACACCAUUAUCCAUAGGUUGGAAUCUAAAAUUACAUAAAGGAUUUUCAUUAUUAUUAAUUGCUUUUGUAUUUUAUGGGGUUUAUACACAUCGUGAUGGUUGUUUAAAAGCUGUUCAUGCCUUAAAGAGAAAUGCAUUGUGUGGGUAUAUGUAUCUUUAUUUCCAUAUAAUUUUGAUUGCAAGUAUGUUAUUAGCUGGUAAUGCAGGUGCUACAUUAGCAACUUAUGAAUCAAUUUAUAUUUCUUCACCGCAGGAAAAGGCAACUCUAUUAUUUUAUCAUGGUGGUAUUUUAUGUAUUCUGGGUUGUUUAACUAUUUUACCAUUAUUAGAUAAGAAUCUUGAUGAUCGCAAAGAACAUAAAAUUCCAAGAUUUGGUAGAGUUGGAUUAAGAAUUCCAAUUGGGUUACUAAUAUUAGGUUUAUCAUGGGCAGAUAAAUCUUUAUCAAUUCUACAAAUGAUGUGGAUGGAUUGUGCAUUCUUGAUUAUACUAUUCAUUUAUGAAUUCACAGUUAUGAAUCCAUUGAAUUUUAAGAUACCUGUUGAUGGGAAAUUUGUUAGUGUUCAACAGACAUGA